UCGCGCAUGUGCGGUGGCGUCCGGACGUGUCGGAGGCGGCCGCGGAGUGCGAGCGGCUGGAGCUUCGGCAACAAGGCGACGGUGACGACGGCCGUCACUGGGCGCCUGGGUUCCCCCUCCCCCGCACCGCCGGCCUGAGGGUGGGGGGGUGGAGGCCUGGCCCGCUCUGGCCCACCGGGGCCGGCUGAGGCGAGAGUAGGCUCAUCCCCGCAGCCGUCGCCACCCCUCACCCCAGCCGCAGGCCGCGCCCGGAGAGCGGCCGUUCCGCCGCCGCCUGCGGCCCAGGUUUUACCAAGAGACAGUACAUCUAACACUUAACUUGGAUCAUCUCUUGUUCAUCAGCUUGAAAAUCAUAACAGUCCCCAAAACUGAUAUUUGAUCUGAAAGAAAAAGCUGUGACAAAUGGACAAUAUGUCUAUUACUAACACGCCAACAAGUAAUGAUGCUUGUCUGAGUAUUGUUCACAGCUUGAUGUGCCAUCGACAAGGUGGAGAGAGUGAAACUUUUGCAAAACGUGCAAUUGAAAGUUUAGUUAAAAAACUAAAGGAGAAAAAAGAUGAAUUGGAUUCUUUGAUUACAGCUAUAACCACAAAUGGAGCACAUCCUAGCAAGUGUGUUACAAUACAGAGAACGCUGGAUGGGAGGCUUCAGGUGGCUGGUCGUAAGGGCUUCCCUCAUGUGAUUUAUGCUCGUCUUUGGAGGUGGCCUGAUCUUCAUAAAAAUGAACUCAAGCAUGUUAAAUAUUGUCAGUAUGCUUUUGACUUAAAAUGUGACAGUGUCUGUGUAAAUCCUUACCAUUAUGAACGUGUAGUGUCGCCUGGCAUUGAUCUCUCAGGACUGACACUACAGAGUUCUGCUCCAUCAAGUAUGCUGGUGAAAGACGAAUAUGUUCAUGACUAUGAGGGGCAGCCAUCAUUGUCUUCUGCUGAAGGCCAUUCAGUCCAAACCAUCCAGCAUCCACCAAGUAACAGGGCAUCUACAGAGCCUUAUAGCACCCCAGCCAUGUUAGCUCCUACUGAGGCUAGCACUACCAGCACCACUAAUUUUCCCAACAUUCCUGUGGCUUCAACAAAUAGUACUACAACUUGGACUGGAAGUCGGACAGCAGCCUACACACCUACCAUACCUCACCACCAGAAUGGCCAUCUUCAACAUCAUCCACCUUUGCAUCCUGGGCAUUACUGGCCAGUUCACAAUGAACUUGCAUUCCAGCCUCCUAUAUCAAAUCAUCCUGCUCCAGAAUAUUGGUGCUCAAUCGCAUAUUUUGAAAUGGAUGUGCAAGUUGGGGAAACAUUUAAGGUCCCUUCAAGCUGUCCAAUUGUUACUGUUGAUGGAUAUGUGGAUCCUUCUGGAGGAGACCGUUUUUGCCUUGGCCAGCUUUCCAACGUGCAUAGAACAGAAGCCAUUGAGAGGGCAAGGUUGCACAUAGGUAAAGGGGUGCAGUUGGAGUGCAAAGGAGAAGGUGAUGUGUGGGUUAGAUGCCUCAGUGACCAUGCGGUCUUCGUUCAGAGUUACUACCUGGAUAGAGAAGCAGGGCGUGCACCAGGGGAUGCAGUUCACAAGAUUUACCCAAGUGCAUAUAUAAAGGUGUUUGAUUUACGCCAGUGUCAUCGUCAGAUGCAACAACAGGCUGCCACGGCCCAAGCUGCUGCUGCUGCUCAAGCUGCAGCAGUAGCAGGAAAUAUCCCUGGACCAGGAUCAGUAGGUGGAAUAGCCCCAGCCAUUAGUUUGUCAGCUGCUGCUGGAAUUGGUGUAGAUGACCUUCGACGCUUAUGCAUACUCAGGAUGAGUUUUGUAAAAGGUUGGGGACCUGAUUACCCAAGGCAGAGCAUCAAAGAGACACCAUGCUGGAUUGAAAUUCACUUACACCGUGCCCUCCAGCUUCUAGAUGAAGUACUUCAUACCAUGCCUAUUGCAGACCCACAGCCUUUAGACUGAGAUCCUUCUGCUGCACUGCUGCAGGCCAUUAUAUUGUGAGGAUGAUGGAUUGUAAAAUACAGUACUGUUUAUUACCUGAAGAUAUAUUUUACUUUUGUUCUACUUAAUCUUCUAAACCCAGGUUUUAAAAAUUUGUUUGCCGUCUUGCUCUAAGCAGAAAGAAAUUAUACAUGCAGAAUUUGGAUUUCAGUUAUUUUCAGAACUUAAUUGUCAUAAUACAAGGCUUAAAGUGAAAGGUAAAUGCCUUACAGAGUCUUUAUAGUAUUGGGUUUGUUCCCUUUGAAACUUUCCUUCUCUAUUAUGGCAUCUUCAUGGUAAGUCUCACAGGAGCCUUUUGUAUGCAGAAUAUAUAUUAUAUAUAUUUAUAUCUGAAAAUUCCUUCUACUACUUACAAACACUUACCUUGUAGCAACUUUAAAGUUCCAGCUGAUUUGUGAUGUUCUUUUUAGGGAACAAUAGUUAACAGAAGACAUCUUUAUUUUGUUGACAAUCUUGUUAUGAUUUUUCCAGAUUAAAAUGUAGAAGCUGCCAAAAAGUGAGGGGAUGAGACAUAUGCUGUUGGCACUGAUUAAAAAUAGCAAGGAAAAGAAAUGUGGCUGUUCCUUCACUAGUUUUUUAAAGUAGCUAUCUUAGAUUUUUAUUUAUAUAGACAGCUGAGUUUUAAAACACUGAAGGAAAUGGAUACUGUCAGUGCUGGUACUCAAAUAACAUGAAAUACCUAGUCUGCAAAGUUGCCACUGAAAUUGCAUAACAAGCACCUAAUGACAGGAACAUAUUUUCAUAAUUACUACUGACUUCUAUGAUUUUACUCAACUAAAAUUUGGCAGAUAUUUUAAAGAAGUUGCAUGACUUUUUACUUGCAUAUACCAUUAAAUCACGUAUAAUAUUGCAUCAGUGUUUAGGAUCCAAUUUUUGUAUCUGUUCACCAUUUCCACUCAGGGCAAGAUGGCAAACUUGUUUUUAUAGCUCUUGGUUUUUUUAAGCUCUAUGCCAUCAAUGACCGUAUCAAUUGGCAAUGACUUUGUAUAGAGAAAUUAUAGUAAAAAAACCUGCAAAUAUAUUGACUGUAUGACAGAUAUAAUGUGUAUGCUUUCUUUCUAGCUAAUAGUAUAAAUAAAAUGCUGAAAAGCCUGAUUUUUAUAAAUUUAGUUUGCUUAUAUAAUGUAAUUCUGCAUCUUGAAACCAUUGAUCUUGAGCGAUGGAUUCCUUUCCUUUGCAAAACCUGCAGUAGCCAAUAGUGGUAGGAAUUUUUGUUGGUUUAAAUUUGCCAGGAACAAGUCCAAUUUUUCUUACUUCCACUGCUUUUCAAUAAAAGUGUGUCCUGAGGAUAUAUCUUUUUGACUGUUUGAUGGGGUAUGGAGAGAAAGCAGGAAUUCCUUCUUUUUCAGCAUGUGUAGGGAGUUGGAGCUUAAUUAAACAGGCUUAGAAGAUCAUACACCGAAGUCCUUCAAGUGCUGCAGAUUCAGUCUGCCUGCUGUGCUGUGCUGAGCUGACCUGUCAGCACAGCUGGAGUAGUUAACGUCUUGGAAGAGAUUAUUCAAAAGCUUUUGGACAAGUUUCUUGCAUAGUUUCAGGAAUCUGUAGAGGGCUGUGACACACAGUGUUUAGGUAUUGCUUCUCCCAUAUGUUGGGAUUCUUAUGAAGUCAGCAGUCAUUGUUUCUUUUAGGUGUGGAAGUACAGAAGACAGAUGACCUAGGAGUGAUGGCCAGAAAUGGAUCCAUUUUCUCUGUAAUUUCACUAACAGCGCUGUCUUCUUCAGACUAACUUCUAAUGAGAUCACUUUUUCUUUUCACUUAUAUGGCAACUUCUUGAUGUAUAGAAAAAUAGCAUUUGCUUUUCUCAAGGCCUUUAGUUGAAAACCUUUUUCAUUUUGCUUUCUCUCCAAAGUGAUCUAUUUUGUCUGCAAAGCAAGCUGCUUCACAGACUUGAGGAACACUCUCAGUAGAGGAUUCAGACCACAUCCUCAGAGAAGCUUAUUAACCAGCAGCUUGGUUAUGCUUCAUCCACAACAGAAACCUUGAUUUGGGGGAACAAAUUAAAAGCCUGACUACAUGUUUUUCUUGCCAGCCUCCCUAUUAGAUUGUCUGCCCUGCACUUACUGUUGGGUUCAAGGUGCCUCAGUGUUUGGAAAGUAUGUAACCUGACUGAUAAAUUGCUUAUAACAGGCUGUUAAUUUGGAGUACAUGAGCUUACUCCCUAUUUAACUUUGUGGCUUUGCAAGGUGUUUUUCUUGGUGGAUGACUGAUCUGUAUAUACAGACAGCUUUCUGUACCAGUUGCUUCUGCUUUGAUUGUGCCAAACUUUCAUAAAAUAGUCAAAGAUUGCUUCCACCUGUUGGUGUAUUGGCCUGUACUAUGAUCUGGAAAAAUUUAACUUUUAAGAUUAGUUUUCUUUGCAGAUGUUUUGCAAGUCUCCUUAAGUCUGCACUUAGAGUGUCAUAUUUAGAUAGCCCAAAAUGUUUGGAAUAGUACAACAAAAUAAUGUCAGAUGAGUUUAUCAGAAACAAGAAAUUGCAGGCUCCACAUCAGGAGAAAUCUGAGCAUUGUGUGAGGCAGUACAAAUACUUAAAAGGCAUUAAUCUUCUCCAUCAGGCAGUUUCUGAUAAGAUGCUGUUCUAACUGUUAAAGGUCAAAAUGAGAGAAUCUAAUUCUUAUUUCUUAAUAUGCAUUUAACUUAAUUUUUUGUACUUUUAUGACAAGGCAUAGAAGGCAGUGCAUAAUGGAUUAGAAACCCUUUAGUGGCAGCACACUGAAUCUUUGAGUCUUGCAUUUAUGUCUUUUUCUGAGAGUUGAAGAAGAGCUACAGCUACUUGAUAGCCAUGAUGACCCCUAUACAUGCAGCAGGCAGGAAUGUCAAGGAUUCCAAAAUCGCGUCUUGUGUUUCUCACCCUUGAUUAUAUGCGCUCCUCAAAAAACACAUUGUGCUGGAAUACUAUGUAAUUUCACUUCAUGUACUGGUGAGCUGGGAUUAACACCAGAAGGCUUAGAUUGCUUUAUCUGUGUUACUAUUAGUUUUGAAAGUGAGGGCAUUUAAGGUUAACAUGGUAGAGAUGUGUGAGAGAAAAGUUUUUCUCUGGAAUGGUUUAAAAAUACUUAAUUCUACAGGAAUCCCUUGGAAGAAGCCAUAACUGCUAAACAGUGGUGGUUGAAAGUGUUUGUUCCUUUCAUCACUUUUCUGGGCUUGAUGAGAAUGAUGUGCUCAGAGACCUGGAGCCCCUGGCUGAUAUAAACCACUUCAUUUACAGCUCUGGCCUAUUGAAGACCUGUGAAGUACCCUUCUGCUUUCUAGGGAGGGACCUACACUACAGACAAGACAGUGGUCUCCCCCAGUCACCAAACAGGUCUGUAGCAGCAGUAGUCAUCGAACCUAUGUCCAACUCCUGUGCCUUACCUUUGAGACCAUCUUCUCUUAACACUUCUGAUGACAGCAUUCUCUCUGUGUGGCUCAGGAACAACUGCCUCUGUUCUUUUACUAGGAACCAUUACAAAAUUCGUAUAUCAGUGUAUAUAGGAGGGGCUUCUGCCUCUAAACCCUUCAAAUGUUGUCUUGAUAGUGGUCUUUAUUGAGGCAUCUUUAAUCUCCUCUUUGAAGAGUAAGUGCUUUAGAAAGGACCAUCUCCUCAAUUCGCAUUUUUACUCUGUUACAGAGUGACUGGGAUUGCUGGUCACUUUAACGCCACCAGUUAAAGACAGCCACAUGGCUCUUCAUCUAAGUGGGAUUCAGACUUCAUUUAAGAAAUCCUCUUUCCUCCCCCCCUCCUCUCAGGCCUCAUGCUAAUUAACAUCUGCUCUAUAAAAUUCUAAGAUGCUUAGUUGUCAGAUAUUUUUAAGGAUGCAGUUUUGGAGAGGUUCCCUUCUUUUGGUUUUGAAAGACUUUAAAAGUUGUGGUCUUGCCUGGUCCUGCUGAUAACAGGAGUAUUUCCAUGACUGGUAUCAGGUUUUUGAGGACCAUGGCGUUCUUGGGACUGAGAUUUGCAAGUUGCCUGUCAUAGGCAUGUGUGUGAACCAGCUGUGUGCUCAUGCUUCUAACCUCUGAUGCAGCUCAUUGGCACUUUGGUCCUGGACAAGGAAACAAAAAUGGAAAGUGCUUCUCCACCAGUCAUGUAGGAGCUGGAUGCUGAACAUCUCCUUUUAUUGUCAUUCACUUUCAAAACACUUCUUGAUUGUGUGUUUCUGAAAAUUAUCUAAGGUGUGCGACCAUGCUGACUCAAAGCUGCUGCAUAUGGUGCUGCUAAGGUCCCCAAGAAUUGACUUGACUUUUCAGCAACAUGAAAGUUUCACUUGGUGAGACCUUGUGAAAGCAAAACUACUGUCAACAAUAUCUCAAGAGGUUUUGGCACUGUUGGCUGCUGUUGAGCCUUUUGGGUGAUACAUCGCUCCUAAAUUUGCAGGACUUGUAUAACUUAUACUUCACCAAAACCACAUAGCACUUUCUUGCUCCUGUACUUUUUUCUGUGUCUUUCUGGUGAAAUUUGGUAGCAGGACAAAGUGAUUCAGCUGGAUUGAGAGCUACAAAGUACCCACAACACAAAACCUGCUGUGAGAGGGGUUUUUUAAAGCAUGAAAGCCUAAUUAAGCAUUUCUUCUUUCAGCCAUUGCCUUUUGAUAAGUGGUCAAGAGAAUUCCCAGUAGUUCCUUCGUAGCUUACUGUAUGUUUUUCGUUCGACCUAGUUAGUGAAUAAUAUACUGUAGUUAACUUUCUUGAAAUUCUGUUACAGAGUAUGUUUUUGAUUAAAAAAGGUAAAGAUUCAA